ACGAAUAGGCUCAGAGCCUCGGAUCGAGUAUUCGAAUUCGGUACCUGUUAGAACUGGCAGUACUUAAGAACGAUUGUUCGUGUAUAUUCGCGCCUAUUUCAAAUAUAUAAGAUUUUUUUGUGUCUAAAACAAGAAAUGCGGCAGAGACAAGUUAUAUAUGUGCACAACGAGAAUUUAACACAGCAAGCUGAUAAGAAUCCUGCCGUUCGAGGUAGAGCUUCACUAACACACCGCCUGAUCGCCUCUUAUGGCUUGCUCAAGCAUAUGCAACGGCUGGAACCAAAGGUUUGUAAACUCGCAGAUCUACGAAUGUUCCACAAUCAUGACUACGUACAGCAACUAUUAGAAAAGGCGACGCCUAGCUAUGAAAAGGCGCGUACAGCACCCAUGCCUCAGGCGACAUUAAACGCUAGCGCUGUAGAGGAAGAUCGGUUAAGCGACGAUGAUGAUGACUACAGCUUGGAUACUACACACACACAUCUGGAGUACGGUUUAGGCUUUGAUUGCCCCAGCUGGAGAGGAAUGUGGGAAUAUGCUUGCACAAUUGCCGGCGCCACCAUGAGCGCAUGUGCAGCAUUAUGCAAAUAUGGUGCUCAGAAAAACGGUGCACAAACUGUGAUAAUUAAUUGGACAGGCGGUUGGCAUCAUGCUCAACGCGAUCGCGCUGCUGGUUAUUGCUACGUCAAUGACAUAGUGUUAGGCAUACUCGUGCUGCGGAAACAUUUCAAGCGUGUGCUUUAUGUCGAUUUGGAUGUACAUCACGGCGAUGGUGUGCAGGAAGCGUUCGAGGUGACGCAACGCGUUUUCACGUUUUCCAUGCAUCGCUACGAAUGCGGUUUCUAUCCAGGUACUGGUGGCUGUGAUGAUUGUGGAUUUGCCGGCGGCAAAGGAUACACUGCGAAUUUUCCCUAUCGUGAUGGAAUUGCUGGCGGAAAUUUCUGCAAAUAUUUUAAGCGCGUUUUUAGCAAAAUUCUUGCGUACUUUUCGCCAGAGGCUUGCGUAGUACAAUGUGGUGCUGAUGUUAUUGUGGGUGAUCCGCUUGGUGGUACCAAUGUAACUCCGACAGAUAUAAUUGCCUGCGUCCAAUUUGUAUUGCAGCAGAAGCUGCCAACUGUACUGUUGGGUGGCGGUGGCUAUAAUUUUGGAAAUGCCAGUCGAUUUUGGACGCAGCUCACCGCAAGUUGUUGCGCCAUACAACUGCCAGAGGACAUACCUGAUGACAACAGAGAUUUUCUCCAAUAUGGCCCGGAUUAUAGUGUGCAAAUCAAGGCAUCCAGUGUAAUGAAGGACCAUAAUAAUGCGGAGUGUUUGGAAAAGAGCGCACAAGCAAUUGAAGAAAAUUUUCGGAAAUAUGGCGUAACCGCUGUGUGAAACGAGGUGUCGCCGUGUCUCAACAAUUUGCGAAAUUUUAAUCUACUGAUUGUGGCUGUGUAUCUUUAUUUAUUCCAUAUAUACAUAUAUAAGCAAUAAAAAUUUACCUUUUAAAUGGA